ACCCUACCAUUUUCCCAAAUCCAAUUUAUUCCAAACGACACCUGUACUCUUUACAAAUCUAAAAUCAUGCACCAAGCAAUCCCUUACCGAUCAUGGCAAUCGAUUGACACAAAACAAACCACAUUAGCAAUGAGACCACCAUGGGCCGGCAGCGUCGGUGGAUCAGCAUCCAUGCCGUCCGAGGGUGGAGGAAGGAGACGGGACGUGGUUGCGUCAGUGUCGGAGAGUGCGGCGAUAGUGUUUGCUAGAAGAGGAUGCUGUAUGAGCCAUGUGGUAAAGCGUCUUCUAUUAGGAUUGGGGGCCAAUCCGGCGGUGUAUGAAGUGGAUGAAGAACAUGAAUCUGGAGUGCUUAAGGAAUUGGAGGCUUUUGCUAAAUCUUCUAAUGUUAAUUUGCAAUUGCCGGCUGUGUUUAUUGGAGGAACCUUGUUUGGGGGUUUGGAUAGAGUCAUGGCUACUCAUAUUUCUGGGGAUUUGGUUCCUAUUUUGAAACAGGCUGGAGCUUUGUGGCUUUAAUUUUUCUUUUUUCCUUAUAUCAAUCCUCAAUUUUCUUUUUAUUAUUUUUUCCUUUUAUCAAACAGGGAUGCUUUUUGUUUGCUAUCAAUUUUUGUUGUGCCAUCUGUUUUCCUGUUUGUCAAUGAGGGGAUUCUUUUUUUUCUUGUUAGAGUUCGUAAAUGGAAUCGUUAACUAUUGAUGAAAACAUUUGUUAAUACUAUAUCAAAUUGGUCUUUUCUUUUUUAA